AUGGCUUCUCCAGCUGUGCUUGGCUCGAAGGCCUUGCGAGCUAGUAGCCGUCACGCCUCCGUCCGCUCCCUGCAGAGGCGAGGUCUAGCAGCAGCAGCUUCCGGCAGCUUUCAAUAUGAGACUGGGGAUGCUGCGGGUGUUAAAUUCGCAAGCAGGGAUAUUCCAGGACCAACAACCACACUCACCGUUGUCGCGAAAGCCGGAACCAGAUAUCAGCCUUUGCCAGGGUACACCGAUGCCCUUGAGAAGUUUGCUUUCAAGUCUACCACGAGACGGUCCACCUUGCGCAUCACCCGAGAAGCAGAACUACUAGGCGGCGAGCUGGGUGCAUACCACUCCCGGGAAAGCCUUGUUCUCCGAGCCAAAUUCCUCCGAGAAGAUCUGCCUUAUUUCACUGAGCUGCUGGGAGAAGUUAUAAGCAAAACCCGAUACACAACACACGAACUGGACGAAGAGGUUCUUAAUGUCAUGAAGUUGGCGCAAAAAGGUCUUUUGGGAAGCCCCUUGUCUCUGGCCGUCAACUCCGUCCACGGCGUUGCAUUCCAUCGCGGACUCGGUGAACCAUUGUAUGCGACGUCCUCGGUACCACAGCUCGGCUAUCUCGACGCAGAAGACAUUGCCAAGUUUAGCGAGAGUGCGUACACGAAGGAGAACAUCGCUGUCGUCGCCAACGGAGCCAGUCAUUCGGAGUUCUCAAAAUGGGUGGGAGAGUUCUUUCAAGACGUUCGGGGCGGCUCUAAGCUCUCUGGCCCGGCCUCAAAAUACUACGGUGGUGAAGAAAGAAUUGCCCAUGGAUCUGGCAGCGUCAUGAUUAUCGGUUUCGAAGGCUCUAGUUCAUUUACGGCUGGUUCGACCUACAAGCCAGAAAUCGCUGUGCUCGCCGCCUUGCUUGGAGGAGAAAGCACUAUCAAAUGGUCGCCUGGCUUCUCUUUGCUCGCCAGAACUGCGGACAAUUUCCCCGGCGUGCGCAUUUCUACCCAACACGCCGGGUAUUCGGACGCUGGCCUGUUGUACGUAACAUUAACCGGCAACGCGGCUCAGAUCGCAAAAGCGAGCAAAGAAGUUGUCGAGACGCUCAAGAAGGUCGCUGGUGGUGACGUCGCGGAGGAGGAUAUGAAGAAGGCGAUUGCACUAGCCAAGUACAGGGCGCUUGAAGCUGGGCAGCAGACACAGGCUGGGCUCGAGGCAACUGGCAACGGUCUGAUCGAAGGUGGCUCGCCUUUCCAAAUUGACGAGAUCGGGUCAUCAAUCAGCAAGGUGUCGGCGGACAAGGUCAAGGCAGCGGCGAAGGACCUCUUGGAGAGCAAGGCGUCCGUAUCAGCAGUUGGAGAUCUUUUCAGACUACCUUUUGCAGAAGAGAUUGGCCUGAAGGUCUGA